UGACGAGGGAAGAACGCGCGGGAGAUGCUGAGGGUUAUCUGACGAGCAGCGUUAUGGAUGUGGAAAGAGAUGCAAUCCAUACAGAACAGACAUCAUCCGCUCCACCUGGCGAGAAGGAAGAGGCUCAAGUGGAGUUUGAUGUCGACAAUAUUGAGUUCGAAUCAAAAGAGGACCGGAUAAAGAGGAUCAUCAUGCUCAAGAAAGAUCUUUUGAGGCAGCAAAAGAAAGCAAAAGCGCUUCAAGAUUCACUAGGGCAUGACACAAGAUGAAAUCAAUCUCUCAGAACAAAGCCCAAGAGUUCUAGCAGGAUUACGAUAUUGUACAGCUAAUGCAUGAUUGCGAUUCAUCUCGCCUAGCAGUGCUCUGCUCAAGUGCUCUUAACCUGCAAAAAGUCAUCAGUCACACGUUUUAUUUUCAAAAUCAAAUACCUUGAUUCCAAAGAUCGAAAUUCCUCGUUCGGAAUCAUCAUUGAGUUUUGCGUCUUUGAGACUUCAGCUUCCAGUUCCUCAAGUUUGUUUUGUAACAAGCGCUUCUCUGACUGAAGAACAUCUAUUGUUGUUUUCAGUGUGUUCAGAUCAAAUGAUAUUCCUUCUAGGUUUUGAUUCACUGUCUUCAACCAUUCUUCCUUGUCUGAUUGAAACCUAAAGGAAGGCGAAUGAAAUCCAAUGUUAUCC